AUGGAGGAUUCGGGUCCUAAUUCACCAUUAGAAUCUGAACAAUCAAAUCAACCUACUCAUGCUAAUAAAAAUAAUAAAAGAGGGCGACCUAAAAACCUACUUUGGAAUGAUCAUUUUACAGAAAUUAAUCGUCAAGAAGGUGGUCACAGAGGUUGGAAAUGUAACUAUUGUAAUGAUGAAAAUUCACGUGCAUCAGAUAUGAAUAUGAACACACAUUUAGCUUUGACUUGUCAAAGCGUACCACUUAAUAUUAGACAAGAUUGUUUACGAAACUUUCCAGCACCAAAUAAAAGAAAAAAAAUUGUACAUGAUAUUGUUAGUGGUUCGCAACCACGAAUUGAUAAUAAAUUUCAAAGCAUUAGUGUAAUGGAUCCUGGACAAGAACAAUUAUCCUUGGAUAGUUGGACAAGUAAUCGUGGAUAUUCCUAUUUCGCCUUUAUAAUUAUAACAUCUAAUAAAAAGCAAUAUGUAUACUCAAUUAAAGAUUAUUCUCAUAAAUCUCAUACCGCGAUAUUUACAGCUGAUGAAAUCGAAAAAGUUUUAGUAGAUAUUGGUGUUGAUAAGUUCGGUGCUGUUGUAACUGAUGGAGCUUCAGCGAUGUCACUUGCAAAACAAUAUAUUUCAGAUAAAUAUCCUGGAAUAUUACCAAUUCGGUGUAUUGCGCACCAUAUUCAGCUAAUUUGCAGUGAUAUAAUUUGUAAAACCUCAUUUGGAAAAAAAGUAUUACAGCAAUGUCAAUCUUUUGUAACGUAUUUUCACGCAUCACAUCGUGCUGGAGCAAUUCUGCGUAAUGAAAUAGUUAACUCGAUGAUAAAUAAAGGAGGAUUAAAAAGUUCAGUUUGUUCACGAUGGUCAUCUGCAUAUGAUUGUGUACAAUCAGUUCUUAACUUAGAAAUUUGUUUUAAGCAA